GCUAAGUUAGUUGGCUGCUGGCUCUUUGCCAAAACGAUCGUCAGUUGCUCUCAAAAGCCAUUAGCUAAAAUAACGGGUUUCGUUUGUCGAAUUUUAUUUGUUUUUGAGCGCAAAGUGUUAAGCGGAAGUGUCGAUCUGUGUGCAAUACUGCUGGAUGAAAAUUAACAUAACAAAAAGAGUGCAUUUAAAUAUUUAACACAACUGAAAAUAAUUUGCAGUACCAUAAUUGUUAAGUGAGCAACAAAAAAAGCCUUGAAAGCGCAUGCUUAAAGUUAAAGUUGAAGUUUUGUUUUGUUUUACCUGAACAUAUUGGCCGGUUCAAAGUGGUUACAACUGGCUGCCAGUUCCAACAACAACAAUAACAUCAGCUGGAAAUCAGCAUAUUGUUAAUUGUCGUCCAGCAAGUACGCCGAGUUAAAGAAACUCAAAGCCAACCUGCGGAAACUUUAGCAGCAAUGAAAACAACUACAGAUCGAGCGGGAAACAUGAAAUCAACGCAACAAAACGCAGCCUUCGUGGGCGACGAUGGGCAAAGCAACGCUAGCACAUUGCCAAUGUCGUCGCUACCAUCACAACAGCAGCCGGACUCGGAUGUGAGCCAGGAGUUGGGAAAGGUGAACGGGGCGGCAACGGAUGCGGGUGCGGGUGCGGGUCGCGAGGAGCGCGACACCUGGGGCAAGGGUGUGGAGUUUCUAAUGUCCUGCAUUGCGAUGUCCGUCGGCCUGGGCAAUGUGUGGCGUUUCCCCUUCACAGCUCUGGACAAUGGCGGGGGCGCAUUCCUCAUACCAUACCUCAUAGUGCUCUUCCUAAUUGGCAAGCCCAUUUACUAUCUGGAAAUGGUAAUUGGCCAGUUUUCCAGCCGCGGUUCCGUAAAGGUAUUCGAUUUGUGCCCAGCUAUGAAAGGUGUUGGCGUCGGCCAGGGAUUCCAGGUGUUCAUGCUAGCCACAUACUACGCUUCACUGGUGGCCAUCUUUUGUCGAUAUUUCGUUGACUCGUUCCACAGUCCGUUGCCCUGGGCAACGUGCCGUGCCGAGUGGGGAGAGAACUGCAUCGACUCAUCACCAACAGCAUCAGCAUCCACUGCAAAUAAUUGGAUGGGCGCACUAAAUCCAACUCAAACUAACGACUCAGAUCGACUUAUAUCCAGCUCGGAAUUAUACUAUGUCAAGGAGGUGCUGCGCGAAAAGGAGCAGAUUGCUGAUGGCAUUGGCUUGCCCAACUGGGAGUUGGUCGUGGGUCUCUUUGUGGCCUGGGCCAGCAUCUUCCUCAUCAUUCGUCGCGGCGUCAAGAGUUCCGGCAAGGCCUCCUACUUCCUGGCGCUCUUCCCCUACGUCAUCAUGGGCGUGCUCCUGGUGCGCGCAGUCACGCUGCCAGGCUCGCUGAACGGCAUUUACUACUUCAUCAAGCCCAACUGGGGCAAGAUCCUGGAUCCCAAGGUGUGGUAUGCCGCCGUCACUCAAUGCUUCUAUUCGCUGUCUGUCUGCUUUGGCAACAUCAUUAUGUACGCCUCGUUCAACAAGUUCGGACACAAUGUGCAUCGAGAUGCGACAAUUGUAACCGCCUUGGAUACGGCCACCUCACUGCUGGCAGGCUUUACAAUCUUUGGCAUUCUGGGACACUUGGCUCAUGAGAUUGGCACCGAUGACAUUGGCAAGGUGGUCAAGGGCGGCGCUGGCUUGGCCUUCAUCUCGUAUCCGGAUGCCAUAGCCAAGUUUAAGCAGCUGCCGCAAAUCUUCUCCGUAUUGUUCUUCCUCAUGCUCUUUGUGCUGGGCAUUGGCUCCAACAUAGCCAUGACCUCCUGCACUGUGACCGCCAUACGUGAUCGUUUUCCCAACUUCAAGCAGUGGCAGUGUUCGCUACUCAUUGCCGUGCUGAGCUUUUCCAUUGGCCUCAUCUAUAUUACACCGGGUGGUCAGUAUAUGCUCACGUUGGUGGACUUCUUUGGCGCCUCAAUGAUAGCCUUGGUCUUGGGCAUUGCCGAGCUUUACACCAUUGGCUGGAUCUAUGGCACCGAUCGUCUCUGCAAGGACAUUGAGUUCAUGUUGGGCCGCAAGGUCGGACUUUACUGGCGUCUAUGCUGGGGCGUCUUUACUCCGCUCAUCAUGACCAUUAUUCUGAUCUAUUUCUAUGCCACAUAUGAGCCGAUUACCUACAACGAUCAACUGUUUCCCACCUGGGCUUAUGGCAUUGGAUGGGCUAUUACGGCUUUUGGCAUUAUGCAACUGCCGCUUUGGAUGUUUGUGGCCAUUGUGCGUGAUCCUGGCGUUACGUUAUCGGAGAAAAUACGCGGAGCCUUCCGUCCCAAGAAGAACUGGGGUCCCAGCGAUCCUCUGCUGCGUGAACAGUACAACAAACAAAUUGAGCAUGAGCUGAUGCCCAAGCGUGGCAAAGGCUUUUGGUCUAGCAUUAAGCAGAAUAUUUUUGGUUAAUUUAUAGAUCUGAAUUUAUUGUAAAUAAUUUUGUUUUUUAAAGUAGAUUUUUCCACCAUAUAUUUCGAUUUA